CGAGGAGGUGGAGAGGCUGGUGGCAAUGCGUUCCGACUUCCUCGUCCCAGGUACCCACACCCCACCCAUCCGGAGGAGGAGUAAGUUUGCCAACCUGGGCAGGAUCUUCAAGCCCUAGAAGUGGAGGAAGAAGAAGAGCGAGAAGUUCAAGCACACGUCGGCAGCCCUGGAAAGGAAGAUAUCCAUGAGAUAUCCAUCAAGGCAAAGCAGAGAGGAGCUGAUAAAGCGAGGGGUCUUGAAGGAGAUCUACCAUAAAGAUGGGGAGCUCUCCAUAUCCAACGAAGAUGACUCCCUGGAAAACGGACCGUCCCUCAGCUCCAGCCAGCUGUCCCUGCCCGCCCUGUCCGAAAUGGAGCCAGUCCCCAUGCCGAGGGAUCCCUGCUUGUACGAGGUGCUCCAAGCUUCAGACAUCAUGGAGGGCGUUGUCCCCUCAGUGUCUGAAGAGAGUCCCUCUGCCAGUGACUCUGGAGUCCUCCUGUCCCAAGAUCCUACAGCCAAACCAGUCCUGCUACUGCCCCCCAAAAAUCUUGCUGCUUUCUCUGGAGACCAUGAGGAGACCCCAGUGAAGCAGUUGUCCUUUCUCAAGCAGCCCGCGGCCCUGCCUCCCAAACCUACUACCUGGAUUGCCAACCACUUAACAGAUCCUGGUGCCCCUGUGAAAUUGCCUUGUCUGCCAGUGAAACUGUUGCUUCCGCUACCUCCAAAGAAAGUCAUGAUCUGUAUGCCCGUAGGGGGCCCGGAGCUCUCCCUGGCGACCUUCGCAGCCCAGAAGAGCAGCCAGCAGGGCGUGGCCCAGCACCACCACAUGGUCCUGCCGUCCCAGAUCCAGCACCAGCUGCAGUAUGGCAGCCAUGGCCAGCACCUCCCCUCCUCCACUGGCACCCUCCCCAUGCACCCCUCGGGCUGCAAGAUGAUAGACGAGCUGAACAAAAUGCUGGCCAUGACCAUGUAGAGGCUGGAAAGCUCCAAGCAGCGAGUCCCCUGUUCCACUUCUUACCACAGCUCUGGUUUGCACUCGAGUGACGGUGUCACAAAAGCAGGACCUAUGGGCCUUCCAGAAAUCAGACAAGUGCCAACUGUUGUGAUUGAAUGUGAUGACAAUAAAGCAAAUGUGCCUCAUGAAUCAGACUAUGAAGACUCUUCUUGCCUGUACACAAGAGAAGAGGAGGAGGAGGACGACGACGACGAAGAGGAUGACAGCUCCCUGUACACCAGCUCCCUGGCCAUGAAGGUCUGCAGGAAGGACUCCUUGGCCAUCAAACUCAGCAACAGGCCCUCCAAGCGAAAACUGGAGAAAAAGAACAUCCUGCCCUGGCAAAUGGAUGAGGAGAGGCUGGAGCUGAGGCAGCAGAUCGGCAGCAAGCUUACCAGUUGGCUGAGCCAGAGGCCGACUGCAGAAGAACUGGAGCAGAGGAACUUUUUGAAACCUCGGAAUGAACAAGAGGAACAGGAGAAGAAAAGAGAGAUCAAGAGGCGACUAACUCGAAAGCUCAGUCAAAGGCCCACAGUAGAAGAACUUCGAGAAAGGAAAAUCCUCAUCUGUUUCAGUGAUUACGUGGAGGUGGCUGACGCUCAGGAUUAUGAUCGGAGGGCAGACAAGCCGCAGACCCGCCUCACAGCUGCAGACAAAGCUGCCAUUCGGAAAGAGCUCAAUGAAUUUAAAAGCACUGAAAUGGAAGUUCAUGAAUUGAGUAGACACUUAACAAGUUCCAUGACCUUAACAGUUAAAUUCCUCUUGAGUGCUAUGCUGUCUUCAAAACAUAAAUUUAUAAGAAGAACCAUAAGUGCUGGUAUUUAUUCACUUCCUCAUUACGAUAAACAUGAUGGUGACCACUGCACGGUCAGAGCUGCUAGCAUCACUGCAGGUACCGAAACGCGUCUCACCGAUGGCAGGGCCCUGGCGGAAGACCUCCCGGAGGCCCAGCGGUCCUCAUCCUCGCCAUCGGAGCCCGGCAGGCACCAGCUCACCUGGUCUCCAGUGAAACCCUUCCUCAUAAGGGUCUGUCACCUGAGUGGAAAGAAGGCGGAGGCAUGA